AUGUCGGAGGCCUAUUGCAACAGGUCGCGCAAUGCAGUCUUGGUGAAGGAUUUACACUUGUCCGUGCAGCCUGAAGUGGAGCAUGCCAAGCCGUCUGUGUAUGAUUUGCCACCGGAGGCUCGAAACAUUGUUGCAGCUGUUUGCAGUCAAACGGUCAGGUCAAUCGUUUCCGACCAUUUCCGCGAAUACGACAAGUGGCCGUGGCUUCGAAUCAGCUCGCUGGAGAAGCAGCUUCAGGAUCAUCCGUCGUUUGUCGUGGGCGAGGCGCUGUUCUUGAUUCUGGCGGCUUUUUCGUUCCUGCACGCUAUUUGUGAAUCCCGUGACGGAGAGUUUCGUCGUCUGAAGUUGAUUUGGGUGGCGACAUUCAUUGUGGGUACGGUCAACGAUUACAUUUUUAUGCUGUUGCCGGUGGUGGACAAUUUCUGGCAAGCACAAGCCGUUCUGAUGCUAACUCCAAGAAUGCCACUUUAUAUUCCUUGCGUAUACAAUGCGUUCAUGUACUGGCCUACUGUGGCGGCGGCUCGCGUCUUCUGUCACAGACGGCAGUGUCCGAUCGCAGAAGCGAGCCUUGCAGGCCUUCUGGCAGGCCUUUUCUAUGCGCCAUACGACAUGUGUGGUGCGAAGUUUCUGUGGUGGACAUGGCAUGAUACAGAUCCUGGAGUUGCACUGCGAUGGUUGGGUGUUCCAGGUGGCAGCACGGCAUGGACCCUCACCUUCACGUUCUGCUUCUCCCUGCUCCUACGCUGGGGGUCCGAUGCCGGCUGGGGCAUGCUACGGAGCUUGGCUCUGGCGUGUUGGUCCACACCGCUUAUGCUGGUCGUGCUCAACGUCUGUACCGUUCUGGGAUGGGACAGGAUCGGCAUGCCUGGCCCGCGGACCGUCCUUGCCACUGCCCUGUUAUUUUCGGCCAUCUGCGUUUGGAAGCCGGGGCUGAAGGUUUGGCCACAGAGAUCGGCGACGAUGCAUCUGUUCGAGCCAGAGCACUGGUCCGUCCGCUUUGCCAUGGUUGGAUACUUUUUCGCUCUGAUCUUGAUUGGUUCGGCUUUUUCGCCGGAAAACCAGGUUUCUACGGGAGUGCAUCAGGAAUUUGGACCCUGUGAUGCCACUGACAUCGAUUUGCUGGGUCUCGAGCGGAAGCCGGCAGCUCAGAAGCUCACGGACGUGGGCCAGCUCUAG